AUGGUUCGCAAUUACAAGCGAACAACUGACCAGCAGAAAUGGUCGGAACAGGCUAUGAAGAAAGCGGUGGCUAAAGUACGUGACAAAGAAAUUACCCUUACAGAUGCAUCUGAGACAUACAGUAUUCCGAAGACAACUCUGUUCCGAAGAGUAAGGAAAGAUGGUGAACCUGGUGAUGUGGCACAAAAGGGGCUAGGGCGUUUCAGGCCAGUGUUCAGUCAACAGCAAGAAAAGGACCUUGCAGACUAUCUUUUGUUCAUGGAGAGUCGUUUAUUUGGUUUAACUCUCAAGGAAUUCCCACAGCUAUCAUUCCAAUUUGCUGUCAGAAACCAUGUAGAACAUCCAUUCAAUAUGGAACUGAAGAUGGCAGGAGAGGAUUUUGUGUACGGAUUUUUGAAACGUCAUCAAAUGUUGUCACUGCGUACACCAGAAGCCACUUCAGCAGCAAGAGCAGCAGGUUUCAACAAGGUAGUUGUCAUGAAUUUCUACCGAUUACUGAACUCGCUGUAUGAAACUGGAGUGGUGACAGUGCCAAACAAGACUUCAAACGUUAUAUCAAUGAAGGGUAAAAAACAGGUUGGUGCACUCGCCUCAGCGGAAAGGGGAACGUUGGUCACAGCAGAAAUAUGUUUUAAUGCUCUUGGUAAUUACAUACCCCCAUUACUUAUCUUCUCUCGAAAGAAUCUCAAUCCACUAUUUGAAGUUGGAGCACCGCUGGAAACUGUAAUUACAUGUCACCCAUCUGGCUGGAUGCACCGCGCAAAGCCUUCAGCUGAAGAUCCUUCUGCUGUUUGA